UAGCAGAUUCUUUAUUUUAAGUUAGUAAUCUUGUUUCACAAAUCAAAAUGUAUCAACUUUGACAGUUGAUAGAAAUUAAAAUAAGUUCUAGUCAUUUGCUUGAGGUAAGUACAAGCUUUUAUGAUUAUUCUUUAAUAAUAUCUUAAGAAAUUCUUGGAUCACUGUGGCAGAGUGUGUUAUUUCUUGAAUAUUGAGGAUUAUAUUAUAUAAUAAGUUUCUUGUGGAAUAUUGUGAUUUGUGAGUGAAUACAGGAUAUUUCAAUAUCAAAGGUAAGUGAAUAUUUACAUUUUUAAUUUUAUUUUAAGAAUCAUAAUGUUUAUUAAAAUAUGAUUAGGCCUACAUAGCCAUAAAUAUCAUUUACCUAUAAUAGAUUCUGCAAUAACAAGUUGGGAUGUCACUAGGUCUAUACUAGGCUUAAAGGAUAUAUAUAUAUAUAUAUAUAUAUAUAUAAAUAAAUAUAUAUAUAUAUUUUCCUACUGUAAGUGUAAUAAUGCUACUAAGGCUAGGGUUAUUUAUCCCACUCCCCCAAUUAAUACCUCAAAAUAAAGCAUCAGAUAAUAUUAUAAAUAGGUAUUUGUGCUAGUAAAUUGUUGCUUUGUUUUAAAAUUAGUUAUUAGUGGGUAAUAUGCUGGAUUUCCAGUGUAAAUCAAGUUGCUUAUUACAAAAACGUCCAUUAUCGAUAAUAGGUAAUUUUGGGACACAUGUGACAAAAAUUUUGCACACAAAUUUCUCACCCAUGGCGGGGUCCUAACCUCACGAAUUUUGGAUAUGUUGUCAUUUAUGCCUACAUCUAACAUUGGUAUUUUCUCUUUUUAAACUUAUAUUUUCCAAAAAAAAAUUAUGAAAGAGUCAAAUUAGCUAUUAUUUACCAUUAAUUUUCAAUGUCAAACUGUCAAAUUUUUUCUUAAAGAAAAGUGUCACAUGAACAACAAACAUGUCUGCUUUAAGUUGAGGGCAGAAAUAGAAUUUAAUAACAAAACUAACUUUAGCAAAAAAAAUCUUAAACAACACAACCCUCGGUAAAUUAAAAAGUGGAGGUCGCCAUUUUGACAACGAAAUCACGAUACCCGGUUUUCGGCACUUCCCGGAUCAUGACAUGCAUUGGAGCCAAAAUGAUCAAUAAAUUGAUCUUGGGCCCUUAAGAUAUAGAAGAAGAAAAGAUCUAGAUGUAGUGUUGGCCUAGCCCACUGUAACUGAGUAGGGUUUCUCAUUUCCCAUGAUUUUGCUUAUCAUUAUCAUGAAAAUAGAGAAACCAGGAUAAAAAAAGCUCUCUUCAUCCCUGUUGAAAAUUAAUUUCAUAAAAAAUUAAAAUAUAUUACAAACUGAAUUAACUAUAGACUAUACUAUACUUUAGAAAAAGAGUUAAUUUUUUUUUGUCUACCCUAUACUAAUAAUACUAUAAUAAUAAUAAUAUUCUUAAUAAUAAUAAGAUAUUUUAAGUAUUAACUGAAUACAGUGGUCGAAAUUAGUAUUUCCAUAAGACUCAAGACUGUUUGAAUCAAGAUCAGUCAUGCCCAUGUGGUUUUGAGUUUACUUCUGUAAAACACUCACACUCCAGAUCCAUCAUUUAUAAUAAGUAUGAUAUUUUUCAGGUAGCACUCAACUGCUUUAAGUAGUGUAAGUAACUACAAAGCCUGUGCUGACAGAAGUUUUUGCAGACAUUAGGUGUUAGGAUUUAAGAAUGUCUUCACAACCUCCAUCAGAACCAUCUACUCCAAGCAGAAGGAGCAAGAGAGGUAGACCAUCUGAGACUGAAGUUGAAAACACCCCUGAUGGCAAUGAUGUUCAAACUCGUAAGAUUUAGAUGGUGAUAUAAAUUAAAAAUGCUAAUUUAUGAAAUUCAGAUAUGCUUGUAUACAGAUGAUACUGUUGUUAGUAAUGUUACUGAAAGCAUUUAAAUAUUUUUUUUUUAAAUAUAUUUAAAUAUUUCACAGUAUUUUGAUAUUUAGUUUAGGCCUAGAUUGAGAAGCCCAUGAAUCUAGAAUUAGUAUCCUAAUUGACAGCAGUUUUGUCUUAUUCUACUUUUAUAUAUUUAUUUUCCAGCUACCAGAAGAUCAUCAAGAUCCUCAACAUCUACUCGUGAGUUACAUUUCAAUUUUCAUAACGAAGUUAUUAAAAAAAUGGGCCUGCAUAAGCAUUUAGUUGCUUCCUGGUUUAUGGUUUGGAUUUUUUCACCUAAUUAUACAAUCAAAAUUAUUGGAAAUAAUUUUGAGAUAUUUAAAAGUAUUGUUUUAAGAGUUGAUUUAAAACUAGUAAUUCAUUGUUUUAAUUGCACCAAAGUGAGGAGAGGAAAAAAAGGGGGGUGGGGGGAUAUUGCAAGACCUAAUUAUAUCUGUCAACAAAGUGAAACAACCUUCACUUUUUUGCUAAUUAUUGCUCCUGGCCAGUCCUUUCUGUUAAAAGGUAGUAUGGAGCUAUUAAAUGAAGUCACCAUAAAUUAUUUGUUGAGUCCAUUUACUCAGCAUUCUUGUGCAAGUUGCAGCUUGUUUUUGGAGAUCAUAACAUAGAUUUUUAUAAUUUAAUACAGAUUCUUAAUUACUUCUAAAUACCACUACAAUAUAGAUCUACUGUUAGGCUGAAUAGGAGAAGCCAUCUUGUUGGGAAACAACCGGACGUCUCUCGGCUCUCACCUGUGGUUCCAAGAAGCUGUAACAUGCUCAGCGACCAAAACCCAGACAAUGAUUCCGGGUUGAGGGUAGCCGAAAGGCAUAGAACUUUCAGAAAAAAAGGGCUUGUUCCCCAUAGCAUGUAAAGACUGAAUCCGGCAAAUUGUGCGGAAGAUCCACUACUUGGUCAACGGACAAAAGGUGGAGACAGCAAAGUGAUAUGAAUCGCUAAGAGCAUGGCCAGACACGUAGAACGCCAUGGUCAUUCACUGCAUGGGUGACUGGGUGGCCGAAUGGUCUAAACUGAGCAAACCUCAAGUUGUUGAUCUGGAGUUCAAUUCAGUCAAGCAAAAACAUCAUCUCAGGUGGAAGAGACUCGUUAACCUUGGUCGGCAACUCAUCUAAGAGAAGGAAACUCUGAAUUCAAACCCGGAGUUGGAGUCCCGUAAGGCGCAUACAAUGACAAUUCCUGCAACUGUACCCAUCCCUGGUCGUCUUGACAUAGAGUCUUGCCACUGGAUAUGGUGGGUCCGGAAGAGAGAGUGAGGUUGAUGCGCGCAACUCUUCCUCACUUUAAACUAAAGUCACCCGUGCAAGUUAUCAGUCAUCAGACGACUCGAUGGUCCUCGUCGGACGAACAACAUAAUUGCUUUGUACAGACUUAUUUGACUGAGAUUAAUAAUAUUCUGCACUAUUGAUUUUUCGGAUCAAAUUUAGUUUCGCACCUAUCUUCUGAAAAUUUCUCUUUUGCAAAACAAUAAAGAACUACUAAGACCUUAAUGUUCAAACAUGACAAUUUAAACCCUGAUUUGAUCAAAUCAUUGUUAACAUUUAUGUGUUGUUUUUUAGCAACUAGAUCAAGUGCAAGAAAGUCCAAAAAAGAAGGAAGUGAGUUCUCAUCUCCACCUCCCCAACGACGCAGAGUUGAUGCAUCAUCUCCUGUUGAGAUUGGACCAUUAGAUUCUUCUUCAUUAGCAGAUGGAGCCCCCGAAGCUGAUGAUUCUUUUGUUACAAGCCCAAGAGGAUGUUAGUAUAUCAUGUACCAUCAUUUCUAGGAGCGCAUAACAUAUUAGAUUUGGUGGUGAUUCAGUAAAUAAUAUGCUAAAAAAAUAGGGGGUGGGGGUUUCCCCAUAAUGUAUGGGUGCAUGAAGGUAUGGGCGGUUAUGAAAGUAUGGUAUUUUUUUGUGUGUAGAUAAUGUAUGGAUUCCCCCUAUGGCAUUUUUCUAAAAUUCUAUAAUGGUUCAUUUACAUUGCCAUUUAUUCUUUUACUAACAUAGAAUUUUGGUUAGUAUUUUUAAAAUUUCAAGUGUUUAGUUCUAUUGUAUGAUUAUUUCACAAGUCUCAUUUUACUUUUAAUUUCUUUAAAACCGGUAAAAUUGAUGGUUAUCUAAUGAGCUAAAUAAGAAAAAUUGUUUAUUAGGUAGAAUCAAAAUAUCAAAACUUAAAGGGUGAUAAUUUAAAGAUAACUAUUUCGUUAAAUUCUCAGUACCAACAAGUGAGAUUGAUCUUAGCUCACCCCUGAACUAUGGUACACCCGGAUCUCACAGUGUUGCAGGCAGCACACCAGCUCCUGGUGCAACUCCCAUUAGACACCGACCUGACGUUCGCAGUGACAGAAAACUGAGACAAGUGACUGUUGGUGGAACUGAUCCCCCAUCAGUAAGUUAUUAUAUUAAAUUUAUUUAAUAAAUUUUCACUUUAUAUAUUUAUUAUUUGGAAAAAUAAAUGUCAAAAUCCUCACUUGCCAUUUUUAAUAUAUGCUUUCAUUACUGACCUGUAAGUUUUGCUUUUAUUAUUAUUUUAUUAUAUAGUAGUUCACUUUUUAAAAUUAAAGAAUUAGUUUAGCCUGCUCAUCUCACUAUAUCAUUUGUUUAUAUAAUGGUAGGAAACUGAUCGCAGUGAAGCAGCCAGUGAUGUAAACCCUACAGGACCACAGCUUGUUAUUUGGGGAACAGAUGUUGUGGUCAGCCACUGUAAAGAAAAGUUCAGAAGCUUCAUAACCAGAUUUGUUGACAAAAGUAUGGCUGAUGAUGAACGCUUUGAUGGAAUGGAUAUAUAUGGGCCAUAUUAUCUACAGAGGAUGGACGAGGUAUAUCUUUUGGUCUUUUGUAUAGAAAACAUGAAAACAACACAACAAACCCCCCCCCCAUCAUUUCAAUGUUGAAAUAUGUAAAGACUGUUGUGAUUUAAUUAGUUCUUGAGGACAAAGUAUUUUAUUUAAAAAAUGGUUUUCCACUUCCACUAACUGAAGUAUUUCUCCUGGCCAUGAAUGUCACAAAUGACUGGGGUGGGGUUUAACAGUAACGCUCCAUUGCUUCUUCGUGUAAUUUACAAUGUGUUUUGUUCGGAACUUCCCCAUAUGUGGCACCAUGUUUACUAAAUGAUAAAUGAGCUGGGGUGCAAUUUCCGGGGGAAGUGGGGUAAUGUUUUAGGUUUGAAACGUUGGAGAUUAAUGGAUGUUAACGGUUGGAAAAGAAACAUUACUGGACUGUAUUAGAUCUCUCAAUACAUCCUUUUAUUUAUAACGUUACUGAGGAGUUUCUUGGACAUUCAUUGCGGUUUUGUGUUGUCUUCGUUGUAUUCCUCAACGUCUGAAUUACUGAACUAUCAUAAAGAGGAGCGGCCCCGUAUUAACCAACACCAAAACUACUUGGUACGCGACUAUAAGUAUGGGCCAUACCUCACACCACCAUCUCAUCUUUGUCAAUGAACAGUAUAAAAUUUUAAUUAGCACAGUCAUCGUUUAGGUGGUUUUUAUCUAGAAUAUAAAAAAAUAAUUAGGUUUAAUUAUUCAUGUACAAUGUAAAUCCACUUAGUUUAUUUUAAAGAGUUGAUAAUAAAAUAUAGGAUAUUAAUAGCUAAUUCAAAUUAAUUUUACAUUAUAAUUUAUUAUUUAUCUCUACAGAUAAAUAUUAUUGGUGAGCCCUUCCUUAAUGUCAACUGCUCACACCUUAGAGAAUUUGAUGCAGACCUUUACCGUCAGCUACUCAGCUACCCUCAAGAAGUCAUUCCUACUUUUGAUAUGGCAAUAAAUGAAAUGUUCUUUGAGCGCUUUCCAAAUGCAACACUGGAGCACCAAAUUCAAGUGCGGCCUUACAAUGCUGAACACACAAAAAAUAUGAGAGCUCUCAAUCCUGAAGGUAUGUUUUCGUUAACACCGAAUAUAUGCAAGUUCUACUAAAUUCAUUUUAAUUGCAUGAUAGAUUUGUUGUAUUACUUAAGCUUAUAAUGGAAUCUAAGUUUUAUAAUUGGAAUUUUCUAAUCAGAUAUUGACCAGCUCAUUACUAUCAGUGGCAUGGUGAUCAGGACAUCUUCUAUCAUACCAGAGAUGAGAGAAGCUUUCUUCCAGUGUCAUGUUUGUCAAAACACUACUACAGUGGAGAUUGAUCGUGGUCGCAUUGCUGAGCCUACGCUGUGCACUCAUUGUAAUACAAAAUUCUCCUACCAGAUGAUCCACAACAGAUCCCAGUUUUCCGAUAAGCAAAUGAUCAAAAUGCAGGAAUCUCCUGGUAAUGAACUUAACUUUUAUGAUACUUUUGAAGUUAAAAGUUUGACAUUUUAAAAUAUUUGGCUUGAAAGCAUUCAAUUUAUGAAACACACACUUGAAACCAGCUUCUUUUUAUGUGUCUAAGCAACAAAAAAAUUAUCAAUUAACAUUUUGUUUUUACUUUAGAGGACAUGCCACCUGGCCAGACACCACAUACAAUCAUAAUUUAUGCCCAUAAUGACUUGGUGGACCGUGUUCAGCCUGGUGAUCGUGUGACAGUCACAGGAAUAUUCAGGGCUGUUCCCCUGCGUGUGAACCCUAGACAGCGUAAUGUUAAAUCUGUGUACAAGACACAUGUUGAUGUUGUCCACUUCCGAAAAUUGGAUGCCAAAAGACUUACAGAGGAGGCAGAAGAUGGGUAAGCAUGUUGAAUUUCUGUACCAUUUAUUGUAUUAUCAUUUUUAAGUGUAACCGCUUUUGACUACAAAAGGAAUUUAUGAAUAUUAAAGUGAUGAUUUUGCAAAAAUGAAAUGCACCAUAAAGCAUUCUUGUAAAUUAUAUUUUGUAACCAGUUGCAGUCCACAACCAAAAAAAAUACAAAAAAAAACACUUCAAUUUAUCAUUUUUAAAUAUUAAAAUUCUUCUAUUCCCUUUUUAUUGCUAUAAUUUCUAUCACUUUAAUAAAAAAAAUUCUUUCCAUUAACCUCAGUCCUGAGCUAAUCUUUCCAGCUCAUUCUUUUUUUAUUGUUGCUCUCAAUCCAUGUGUUUAAUUGUUUUUCUGACACAACAUUUUCUUGUUGAUUUUGUGAUGGGGACUUAAGAAAUAUUUUAUAUUACUGUCCUCAGUGCAUGGUGCAUUGAUCUCCAUUUUCUUAUUUGUACUUCCUAAUGUCAUUUGACAUUAUUUGGGAUAUUUUAACACCAUUUUAUUUUUUUUUAGCAUUAUGCAUAGACGUGUUUAUAAAACCAUAAAAUAAUCUUUUCAUUUUAAUUUUAUAAAUUAAAUUUAGCUCUAAUAAUGCAUAACAGUUAAACAUUUUAUAUGUAGGUUUUUAGGAUAUCCUUUAAAAAGGUUUGUUUUUAUGUAACAUAGUUUUAAGUACAUAAGACUCAAGGUAUAUGAAAACUGUCAUGCACAUGGUUGUGAAGGGCAAGAAGACCAAUAGUUACAUAGUUUCUACUUUUUAUUGCAGGAAAACUGUACACAUGAGUGAAGAGAGAAUUGAAAUUGUGAAAAAUCUGUCGAAAAAGUCAGACAUUUAUGAAAGACUAGCCAGAGCUAUUGGUGAGUUUUUUCUUCAGUGUAAAGAAAUAAGGGAAUCAGAUUUCAGUUUUUUAAUAUCACUAAUCAAUUAUAUUUUUUCUGAUUUAGUAUUUGAGCUUUAAAAGUUUUUAAUAACUUCAUAUAUCCCAGCACCAAGCAUUUAUGAGAAUGAGGAUAUCAAGAAAGGAAUACUACUUCAGCUGUUUGGAGGAAACCGAAAGGACUUUACAAAUACUGGCAGGGGAAAAUUCAGGUAAUUCUUUGUUCUCUUCUUUUCUGUUUUUAAAUAAGUAUCAGUUUACCUUAUCUAAAUGAAACUAAUUGGUAUAAACAAUAUAUUUUUUCAACCAACUGCAUAGAAAAUGUGUUCAUUUAAUGAUUUUAUCUUAAAUUUAUUGGUAUUAAAUUAUAGUUAAAUUUUAAAAUUUUAAUAGCUUUUCUUUUAUUAACUUUUGCAGGGCAGAGUUAAAUAUUCUUCUUUGUGGUGAUCCUGGUACAAGUAAGUCUCAGCUCCUGCAGUAUGUUCAUCAUCUAGUGCCCCGUGGCCAGUACACAUCAGGAAAAGGUUCCAGUGCUGUCGGUCUUACAGCAUAUGUCACUAAGGAUCCUGAAACGAGGCAGUUGGUGCUACAAACGUGAGUGACUCUUAAAGGCUUAUUCAUCACUUUGCAAUACCAGAUUUAUCCAUAAUUUUGAAUACUAUGGUCUUUGUAAACAGUUUUUUUCCAACCACGUAACAUUGAUAUUUUUCUCUCUGCAGAGGAGCAUUGGUACUGAGUGACAAUGGUGUAUGCUGUAUUGAUGAGUUUGAUAAGAUGAAUGACAGCACCAGAUCUGUACUUCAUGAAGUUAUGGUAUGUUCAAUUGUAGCUGAUGAUAAAUUUCUAAAUUAAACUCUUGAAAAAAAAGAUACUCUUACAGCAAAUAUUGUGAAAAGGGAACAUUCUCUACUCAAGGCAUGGAAAAACUGUGCCACUCAAAAGUUACUAAAAAUUAUAUAGCCUUACAUAGAAUUUCCCAUCCUUUAAAAUAUAUACUGUAUAUGAAAAGUGUUUUACAAGUACUCGCUUAUAUAAUGUAAUGCAUUAAUUAUUUCGUACAUUAUUUGAGCACGUUUAUUGUAAAUGUUUAGGCUUGAAAAAAAAAAUAAUCAAGAAAUUAUUUAAUUUGAAAUUUUCCAAUUGUAUUACAAGCUCUAUUCAAAUGAAAAUACUUGAUGAGAUAUAAAUGUCCUAGAGAAACAAUUAAGCUUUCCAACAUAAUAACCUUUAUAAUUUAUUUGUUACAAGUUAAAAUGUAAGUUUAUUUAAGAAGUCAUGUUGAGAGAGAAUUAACACUUGUCAUUGUGAUAAUAUUGUGUGGACUUGUGAAAAAUUUAUACACAGAAUCAGCCUAUCAGUGUUUUUUGGACAUGCUUAUAGUUAUUACUUAUAUUGCAAAACUUCAGGAACAACAAACAUUGUCUAUUGCCAAGGCUGGUAUUAUCUGUUCUUUGAAUGCACGCACAUCCAUUUUGGCAGCAGCCAAUCCAGUUGAAUCUCAGUGGAAUAAAAACAGAACCAUCACAGAAAAUAUCCAGCUCCCUCAUACCCUUCUCUCUAGGUAAAAUUUAUUUAGUCAUUUCACUUGGUUUGCUACAAUUUUAAUUUUUUUUAAUAAUCAUUUAAAUUUAAAAAGAUCCUUUUUAAUAUCACUUAGUUUUAUGUAUAUCGUUUUGUUUUAACUUUUAUUCUUUACAUUCCUUGAAUUUUUCAUGUUUUUCUUGAGAUUUCUAGUGACUUUACAGAAGAGUCAAUAACUUUUAGAAUCCAUUUAGAAAGUUAAUGGAUAUAAAUUAUAUAUAAAUUUGUGGAGAAAUGCAUGAAGCUUCUAAAAAUGUUUGUUUGAACAUUUUUUUAAUUUCAAAAAAGAAAGAAAAAAUAAAUAAAAUUUGUACUCAAUUUAUUUGGUUAUCAGAUGAAAAGAAGAAAGAAAAAAACUUCAUGUAAUGAUUUUCAAUAUUAGAAACUUUGAAGAAUGUCAUAAUUUGAAAAAACUGUUUUAGGAAUAAGGCAUUAACCCAAAAUUCAUGAUAGUAAUCAAUGAUUGUUGAAGUUGACAAGUAUUUUUGUACAUUUGGGAAUUGACAUUUGCCAUGCACAUUUAGUUGUCCUAGAAAUUUGUAAAAUUCAUUAGACAUCUGUUAAAAUAUCCAUCAACCUCAUUUGAUGGAAGGUAUAGAAGGUCCCAUGGUAGUUGAACAGCUGGUAUAUUUUAGAAAUUUUUCAACCAAAUCCAGUAUGAAAAAUAUCUUGAAAAACCUUUAGGAGGAAGAUACUGUAUCCAUGUUAACAUUUUGUCUCUCAUAUGUAAGCCUGGCUUUCUGGCUGGGAGGAACUUCGGCAUUAGAAACAGCUGCCCACCUUCUUGAACAUCAUAUGAGUUUACCCAUUUAAUGUAAAAGAACAAAUAUGCUACUUUUAGGGAUGAAAUGAAUACAAAAUUUAUACUUCACUUAAAUUUCCAGUAUUUAUUACUUCCAAAAAUGUCUAAAAACCAUUAUGACUAUAAAAUUUAGUGUCGGUUGAUGAAAUUUUGACAACACAUUGAUGUCAAAUUUCAUGUCCUUUAGGAUGAAAUAUAUCAUAGUAAGCAGUGCCAACUGUAUUGUUUACAUUCCGUUGCUAAAGUUGCUAAGAACAACGACUUCACAAUUAACUAUUUAAUAAAAUAUUCACAUAUUAUAAAACGAUUUUAAUUAAUUAGGUUGAUUUAAAAAUGGCUAGUAAGUAUCUCAGUAUACUUAAAAACGCAAAUUAAAUCAAUAAAAUAUAGAAUGAUGAAACACUUGAUUACUAACCUUCCAGUAUUAAAAACUGUAAUGGGCUUCAAAUGGAGAUUCUCAUCAAAAUCAGAAUCAUUUAAUUCAGGUUCCCAACUAUCUUCCCUGGAAGAUUGAGAUAAAGUUUUAUUGAUGUUUUUAUCAGUAAUAUUCAUCAUUCUAGAUUCUGCACUGCCAUGUUGACAAGCGCCUCACAGUAAUUUUCUCGCAAAAAAUCAUCAAAGUUAUUUAAAAUCAGUCUUUUUUUUUUAAAUAUAUUAUUCUUCCAAUUUGUGUGAUGAAAACUAUACAACACUUUAAAAAGACACAAAUUUUACUAGCGAAAAUAACCCACAUCCAUAAAGGUACGCUCUCUUAAGAAGAGGAACGAAUAGCUAUUAAAAUUAUAUUAUUUGAUUUUUUUCCAGAUUUGACCUUAUCUUCCUUAUACUUGAUCCUCAAGAUGAGCUUUUUGAUCGCAGACUUGCUGGACAUUUAGUUUCUCUUUAUUUUAGAAGUAAACAAGCAGAGGAGGAAGAAAAUGUGGUAAUAAUUCUUUGAUUUUGUUGUUGUGAUCUUGUUUGCAAAUGCUUUAAAAUGUUAUUUAAUUGACAAUACACGGAUGGUUAGUUGUCGUGAUGCUAAAUAUAAAGCUUCUCCGGGCUAGAAGUAGUGACUACCUGGAUACACAAGAUGCCUCCUUGUCUAUAGCAUUUCUGGAUACUUCUGAAACAUGACCCCUCUUAUCUAAAUGUGACUGUAUGGGGACAACCAGCGGCUUACCAAAUGUGACUGUAUGGGCACAACAAACGGCUUACCCCAACAAAAAAAAAUGUAAUUUUAUCCUUUUCGCUGAUUACUAAUCGAUUCUUUAGGCUUUUGAACACCAUGGCCUUACAACAUCAGUACAUACUACUUUUGGAAAUUUUACUACAUUCUUUAAAACUGUGAAGUUUAACUAACUUAAAGUGGAUUCCAGGACACACCAAUAUACAAGAAAAUAAAGCAGAGACACAAGCAAAGCAGGGAGCAUCUAAUGAACAUAACUACAUCAUUUAAAAUAAAUAAAGAAUUAUAUGAGUUAACAGAAAAUAAAGGUUAAAUGGAUGGGCUCAUCAGGAAGAUUGAUCUGGCCAAAAUCCCAAAUACCCAUACAUUUCCUUCAUAGACAAAAACUCGUAAUCUUUGGCCUGCACAUAGGCACCCAUCAAAACUCAAACUUUAUCUGUAUAAAAUCAGACUGAACACCAAAUCGCUCUCUCUGCAAACAUCCAAAUGAGAUAGUACCAGGUCACCUCUUUCACUGCCCAGCAAUUAUCUACAAUUUCACAAAGACCAGCUGAGCACGACCUGCACAUUUUUUGCCAUGGCCUCAUGCCAUUCAGCACAUAAAUGGUUCCUGGUACAGAAUGAAGGAUGACAAGGAAUUCACUAUGCAAAUGCAGGGUGUUGGAAAUAUACACAUUAUUUAAGUAUUUGUGGAGUUUAAAAAGUAUUAAUCACUUGUGUGGUAAAGUUAGUUUUUGUUGAUUAACAUGUGGGAUUUUUUAUUAUGAGUUUUAGAUUGACCAAAAAUAAUGUUUAAUACCAGUAGACAUUGCUUGCUUUUAUAAUUAUAAUUGUUUUUACAGGAUAUGACCAUUUUGAAGGAUUAUCUCACAUACGCCAAAGCUUUUGUACACCCCAAGAUUGGAGAGGAGGCUGGACAGGCAUUCAUCCAUGCAUAUGUUGAAAUGCGUAAAGUGGGAAGUUCAAGGGGCCAGGUAUCUGCCUACCCAAGACAGUUGGAGUCAUUGAUAAGAUUAGCAGAAGCUCACGCCAGAAUGAGGCUGUCUGAAACUGUUGAGGUGGCUGAUGUUGAAGAGGCAAGAAGGUAAACAUUGCUUGUGGUGGCCAGCGUCAUAUCAUCCCAGCAAAAUAGAUAAGAUUUGAUCAAAUCAAAUAAACGUUUUGAUCCCUAUUGCAGAUCUGUUUACUCUUACGAUUUUGGCGUACAAUGUAUGAUUUUAAGGUGUAUACAUGUUCAUACUGUAGGUUUAUUUUUUUACAAUUAAGAUGUUUUAAACGAUUUUGUGAUGAUAUUGUACGAUUUGAAGAGUUUGAGGGUUAACAAGUCUGCUAUUAUUGUGAGAUAUAGUUUUCCUGAUUUUUUUAUUAUGCAAAGCAAAUAUUGACUCAAAUUAAAAUUAGUAAUUUUCAACUACAGAAUUCAUAAAAUAAGCAGUGAUUUGUUGUUUUCUAUAUAGAUUGUACAAAGAAGCAUUGAAACAAGCUGCCGUUGAUCCUGCCACUGGAAAGAUAGAUAUUACAAUUCUGACCACUGGCAUGAGUGGAGCUGCCCGGAAGAGAAAGGCUGAAGUGGCUGCAGCCUUGAAGAAAAUGAUUCAGUCCAAGGGUAAAGUGCCGACACUUAAACAUCAGAAGCUCUAUGAAGACUUCAGGGAGACAUCAGAUUUUGUAAGUCCUUCUCUAGAUUUUAAAUUUAUUUUUUAAUGCCGAUUUUCCAUUAGAACAAAUAUGUUUUCAAUUAAAAUUCUGCUUCUGAAAUAUCUAAAUCACAAAUGAUUAAAAUGAAAAGGUUGGUGAUGAUAGGUAAACCAAUAAUUUAUUUUAAAAAUUCUCUCAAGUGGCAUGACUAUUUUACCUUUUGCAGUCCCAAGGGCCAAAUAAUUUUCUCAUAGCAAAUUUACUUAUUUGUUGAUUUAAUAUCCUUUCCUCAGCCUAUUACCAAGGAAAUGUUUGAUGAUGCUUUGCGUGAGCUACAGGAUGAGGACUUCCUCAUUGUGACCAACAAAGUUAUUCGUCUCUGCUCUACUUAGAUAUCUUUUAAUGUCUUUUGUAUUUUGGAUUAAGUAUUUUUAAACUGUAACUCCAUAAAAUGUUCCACAUAUUUUUUUUUCAUAUUUUAAAAAAAAUUAUGUGUUGGCGAGGAUCAUGAUAUAAUAUUGUUGGACAGUUGGUAUGCAAGGCUAAUUGGAGAAGUUGUAUUUUAUGAAAUUUCCUUUAAUCUCCUAGUUAUUUCUACAUCAUGUUAGCUAAAUUACCUUUAUUUAAAAAUAAAAAAAUUAUUGGUAAAUUAUACUACUUUAAAAAAUUAAAAAUGUUGCUUGUAUUGUAACUUGCUAGUUUGUUAUAAGAUAUAGUCUUUAUAUCUGUUGUAGUUUACAUUUGCUUUUCAUAGAAAGUUAAAACAUUACAUUGUCAUUUUAUGCCAGGGUUUGAUUUUUCACCAUUUCGUUGAUAAACUUUUGAAUAUGAUCAUGUGUACAUUAAAAAGACUGAAAUAUUCUG